AUGGCGCGACGGCGCAUCUCGAACUACUGGGUGGCGGCGAUCCUGGGAUUGAUCGCGGUGGUGCCGACGGCACUGAUCUUUCGCCACUACCGGAUGGACAUCCCGCCGGCCGAGCUCGAGCAGCGUUAUGCCGACGCGACUUCGCAGUUUGCCGAGAUCGACGGCGUCCGGAUGCACUAUCGCGACCAGGGCAGUGGUCCGCCGCUGCUGCUGCUGCACGGGACGGCGUCAUCGCUGCACACUUGGGAUGGCUGGGCGGCAGAGUUGGCCGACGAAUUCCGGGUCUUGCGGCUCGAUCUGCCGGGCUUCGGGCUGACCGGGCCGGCCGCCGAUCACGACUACCGCACCGAGCGAUACGUCGAGCAUCUGGCGGCGUUUCUAGAUCACCUGGGCGUGGCGCGGGUGCAUCUGGCGGGUAAUUCGCUGGGCGGCCUGAUCGCCUGGCGCUUCGCUGCCGCCCAUCCGGAGCGGGUCGAACGCUUGGUGCUGAUCGACGCCGCCGGCUUUCCACCGCCCCAACGCCGCAACAUCUUCGAUGUCGGCCGCACCCCUGGAGUGCGCCAGAUGGCCACCCGGGUGACGCCACGGUUCCUGUUUAGUAACGCUCUCUUGGAGAUCUACGCCGAUCCCUCCAAGGUCACCCCUGAGCUGAUCGACCGCUAUUACCUGCUGACCCUGCGACGCGGCAACCGAGCAGCCCUGGUGGCACGGCUCAGCGAGCCCGGCCUGGUCUACCCCGACCGGCUGCGCGAAAUCGACCACCCCACCCUAGUGAUGUGGGGCCGCCUCGACCCCUGGCUGCCGGUCGAGCACGCUGACCGCUUUGCGGAAUUCUUGCCCAACGCCGAGCUGCUGAUCUACGACGACGCGGGUCACCUGCCGAUGGAGGAGCUACCGAGCCGCUCGGCUGCAGAUGUGCGGCGGUUCUUGUUGGAUGGUUCGGGUGUUGAUGGGUCUGCGCCGACCUCGGUCGACCCCUCCGACUAG